ACCAUAUAUGUAACUACUACAUCUCACUUCUUCAGUCUGUUAUCUUUUUCUUUCUUUCAUUAUGGAGUACUCCUGCUACUUCCAUUGUCCUUUGUUGAGAUUUGCAGUGACCUUUGUCAUCACUACUCUUCUGGUUGGAUAUGUUGGUGCUCAUUCUUCUUCUUCUUCGGGAACUUAUAAUCUUUGCAAUUUUCCAGCCAUUUUCAAUUUUGGUGACUCAAAUUCUGAUACCGGGGGUGCUUCUGCUCUUUUCCGACAAUUUGGUCAACCAGAGGGACAAACCUAUUUUGGUGCUCCUGCCGGCAGAUAUUCGGAUGGACGCCUCGUCAUUGAUUUCAUAGCGGAAAAAUUGGGAUUUCCUUAUCUCAGUGCGUAUCUCGAUUCCAUUGGAGCAAAUUUCAGUCAUGGAGCCAACUUCGCAACUGCUGGAUCAACAAUUAAAAAGUUGAAUCACUCGGUUCCUCAGGGUGGACUUAGUCCAAUUUCAUUAAACAUUCAAAAAAAUGAAUACGCACAAUUCACUACCAGAACUCAAACACUUCGUAAUCCAGGUGGAGUUUUCCAAAAUUUGAUGCCAAAAAAUGAAUGUUUCUCACAAGCUCUAUACACUAUUGAUAUUGGUCAGAAUGAUAUCACUAGUAGUUAUAAGAUUGGUAUGUCAAAGGAGGAAAUCAGAAAUAUAACAUCUGACAUACUUGAUCAGUUCUCCGAAAAUGUUAAGGAUAUCUAUGAUCUUGGAGGAAGAUAUUUCUGGAUCCACAACACUGGUCCAGUCGGAUGCUUAGCGUACAUGUUAGAUUCACUACAAAUCACUGCAGCCCAAAUUGAUAAAAUCGGUUGUGUCAAACCUAUCAAUGAUAUAGCUCAAUAUUUCAACCGAAGGUUAAAUGAAACAGUUGUUAAACUCAGAAAAGAACUCCCAUCAAGUGCAAUCACGUACGUCGAUGUCUACAAAGUCAAAUAUUCACUCAUCAGUAAUGCUAAAAAAUAUGGAUUUACGCAGCCUCUUAGAGCUUGUUGUGGACGUGGUGGAAAGUUUAACUUUAACUCAAAAUAUCAAUGUGGCGCGGAGAUGAAAGUGAUUAAUGGAACGGAGAUAUUGAUCGGUUCAUGCAAAAAUCCAAAGGUCAAGAUUAGUUGGGAUGGUGUACACUAUACUGAAGCAGCAAACAAAUUCGUGUUUGAUCAAAUUGUUGACGGUUCUUUCUCAGACCCGCCAAUGUCAUUGACUAUGGCAUGCCAUAGAUCAACUUUGUAGUUCAUACUUGUUCAUUAUUAGUAAAAAUAGAGAUUUGCAGUGAACACGAGAUUUUUAAUCUGAAGAAGCUCAUUACAGUCAUCCAGGAAAAACUCCUUCUUGCUGUGAUAGGUACUGAGGUGAGCUCGUUUCAGAAAUGUUUUUCCUCAGGAUGUGUUACGUUAUCCAUUUUUAUCUCAGUCGUCGUACGUCCAUUCAUCUUUGGC